GUCACAGCCAAGUUUGCAUAUUAAAAUUUUUGUCUUGAUCUUGAAGCAGCCAAGAUAGGAAACUGGCAAUUUUUCACUCCGCGGCUGUUUAGUUCUAUCCUAGCUGAAACUCAGUUUACUUAGCAUAUUUUGUAGUUUGUUUGUUAUAAUAACACGAAAUUGUAAUUGUGUGUUUUAUAUCCUUUAGUUCAAGUAAAAAUGGGAAAGAAAAAAGAUAUUUACACGGACCGAGAAGAUGAGUUCCAUGGAUUUUCCCACAAAAAGCACAAAAAACAUAAGAAACACAAGAAGAGUAAAUAUCAAAUGGAAACGUCUGAGCCUCCUGCGUACGAUUCGUUUGUUCCGGAAGAAGUCGAACAAACCGUGGAGGUAAUGGAAGAGAUCGAAUACAUGGAAGCAGAUCUGGAACCGGAAAUAAUCACAGAAGUCGAAGCCGAAACUGAACCUGAAGCUUCAACGUCAAUGACCAUGUCAGCAGCAGCAGCCUCAAACACGUCCAUUAUGCCUUCUCCCGGACCAGCACCGAAAACCACUCCACAGGGUAAAGGAUCCUCGGCGUCCAAAUCGUCCAAGAAAAAGAAAGGUAAAGGCAGAGAUAGUGGCACUUCAAGCGAGGAAGAGCGAUGGCUUGAUGCAAUUGAAUCCGGCAAACUGGAAGAAGUGGACGACGAGCUAAAAAAGAUAAAACCCAAAGACCCCAAACUGAUGACGGCCCGGCAGAGGGCAAUGUACGAACGAAAUACCGACAAAGAUACUAGUAAUUUGGCUAGCGAGAUGUUGAUGGCGCUUCCCACUGGGUAUAAAGAGAAAGUAAUGACCGCUGAAGCGAUCCAAAAAGCACAGCUGAAAUCUCAGAAGCGAAAACAAAUGGCAGACGAAAAGCGAGAGAAGGACAAAAAGAAAACCAUGGAGAGGUUGCUUAAGAAGCAGGAUUCUAAAUCAGUGAAGGCUAUCAAGAAUCGACCCGUCAAAGCUCAACUGCCCAUGAUAACCUACGUCAAUACAGUUGAAGGUGCGACGAUAUCGCUACCACUUAAUGUCGAGUUUCCGCUUCAACCGCAAAAGCAUGUUGAUCCACCGAAACCAAUCAUUUGUGGCAUGCCCAACUGUAACAACAUAAAACGGUAUAACUGUUCAAAAACAAAUAUACCGCUUUGUAGCUAUCGUUGCUACAAAAUGAAUGUGGAUUCAAUAAAACAAAUUAUAUGCUAAAAUA